AGCAAAUCGAAGACAAUCGAGACGCUCCAAAAAUGAAGCCAUUGAAGGACUUGCUGAACCCUAAGAUGGAUCAGGAUAAUUUCAGGACUGCUACGGGGUUGUUGAUGCCUGAUACGAACAAACAAUUGGCGCAGAUCGACAAGCAAAUGCAAGAACGGUCGAGAUUGAAGCUGCCGUUUAUUAUGCGUUUGAGGUCGAAAUUGUUAUCGUGAAAUACUAGAGUUUGAUUUGUUGUGAUGAACAUGAACUUCUCAGAAUAGUACAUGAUGUGUAUCGUCUGUGUACUUAUAAAGCAUCACACUCAGUUUUUUUUCACCAAUCAGUUCUAUGUUGAACGUCAUUUUAAGUAUUUAAUAAUCAGCAUCAGGAUCAACAAAGAUGAAGUUGAAGAAAGCUCUAAGGGGCACGUCCAGUCCCUACUCGAUGAUAUGGCCAAGCGGGACCCGCCUCCGGUAAAAGUCGAAGCGGUGGACUUGCCGACGAAAGAGGAGCUCCGGAAUGGUGAGGUUUACUACACGUUGAAUCAGCGCAUCGAGGAGCGCGAACCCGGCACUCGUACCAGGUACCAGACGUUUGCGAAUUACGACUUGUACAAUAAGAAUGCUCUCUUUGAAGAGGCAGGGCGGUUGAGGAAGCCGGCUUUGGGGAAGUUUCAGUGCACCUACAGUCCCGUGAAACAACCAGCGGCGUUGAAAGUCAGAGAAGAAAUGCAGAAGAGUGGGGCAUUGAUGAGCGCGGGGAGUAGAAUUCUUGGAGGUGGUGGUGGGAAGUAAUUAUAAGAUUCUUGACUAUCUAAGGUUCAACAACUUAUAAGUUAAAUGUCCCACUUCUCCGAAGACGAGGAAGACAAGGAUUCUCCUUUUCUUCGGCUCGUUGUUGUACUUACUCUCUUCAGCUGCCUAUGACGAUCACCUUUUUGUUGCAUCUGCAACUUUUGGAGCACAAUGUUCGAGUUUUGAAGCACAAUGUUCGAAUUUAUUAUCCGCAACUUGUUUCAUUGAAGUUGAAGCACAUUUUACUGUCCUGUCCCUGAAAUUGAAUAUGUUGAAUCCGUAGCGAAUCUGUGAUCUUAAGUCAAGUUUUACAAUUUCACGAGUCGCGAUAGUGUGUAAUUUGUUGUUGUCUGGCUGUUGUCUGGCCCACGCAAAUGCCAAAACCUGGGUGAUCUAGCGAACGCUGCCAUCGAUAUGGAAUCCCAUGCCUUUCUUUCAUGUAACUUUAAUUCUUGCCUGUGUUCCACACAAGCACACACUAAAUGAUAA